AUGGCGAGCCGCCCCUGCCAGCAGCUCCCUAACCUUCAGGCCACUCCCUGUCUCCUGCCUCCAGGGUUUGCCUUCCCAGACUGGGCCUACAAGCCGGAGUCGUCCCCUGGCUCGAGGCAGAUCCAGCUGUGGCACUUCAUCCUGGAGCUACUGCAGAAGGAGGAGUAUCAGGGCGUCAUCGCCUGGCAGGGGGACUACGGGGAGUUCGUCAUCAAGGACCCCGAUGAGGUGGCCCGCCUCUGGGGCAUCCGCAAGUGCAAGCCCCACAUGAACUAUGACAAGCUGAGCCGGGCCCUGCGCUAUUACUACAACAAGCGCAUUCUCCACAAGACCAAAGGGAAGAGGUUCACAUACAAGUUCAACUUCAGCAAAGUUGUCCUUGUCAAUUACCCGCUGUUGGACGUCGCCGCAGCCGCCGCCGCAGCCGCCACCACUCCAGGCUCCCCGCUCUUGCUGACCCCUGGUCCCUUUGCGGGAGCGCCUGGGCCAGAUGCUCCACCCUUGACCCCUGAGACCCUGCAGAACCUCUUCUCUACCCCACGCCUAGGAGAGCCAGGGGCUCGGACACCCCUAUUUGCACCAGAGACGGAUAAACUGCGUUUGGACAGCUCCUUCCCAUUUCUGGGUUCCGCAAUGCCAGUACAAGGGACACAGAAGCUGGGAGAGCGAGCUCAGCGGUGA